GGUGGCACGCACGGGAGAAAUGAAGAGGAGCAAGCACGCGCAACGCGAACUCCACUCUCGACCAAUGACGGGCAAGGAGCUUGCCUCGGCCUAUCCUGGCCCUCGGCCUCCCUCCGGCACGGUGGGCCCGAUGUCGAUCCCGAGCUCGCGGGCCUCAAGAAGGGACUCUUGCUCGGAGCGAAGAGUGCGCGCUCUUCAUCUCCCGGUGCCGUCUGCGCGCGCCACCGGCCCGCACCUCUUCCCGCACCACAUUCAGCAUCACCCAGUGGAGCAUCGACGUGGGCUGCCGAAAUUCGUUAAUAAUAGGCAGGCAAGGAAUGUUGUCGCGUCGCCAGGCAGUAGAGAGGAAAGCGACGGGAGGACGCGCGUUAUAAGCCUUCUAGUCCAAGCGCCAGAUGAGGAUAAUCCAUGUAAACCGGUGUCACCAAUUCCACCGCCUCCGCCAUCCAAACCCCCGCCCAGUGAUACGGAACUGGAACAACAAUCACCCUACAACCACCAGCAGUAUCAAUCUCAAGAAGCUCAGCAGCAUCAGGAGGGCAAUAAAGCUGGAUUCGCAGUGGCCGAAACGUGCGUUUGGAUGAGCCAGAGGACUCCUAACAACAAGAACGCUUUUGCUCCGGAUUACAGGAUGCCCCCGCUCUACGGCGACGAGCAGACGACGCAUCAGCAGCUCCAGCAGCAAUCGGCAAAUCUGCAGACGCACAGCAGCAAGUUUCCGAUCGAGCGGGAAGUAGUAUUAUCUCUUGGUGAAAAGAAUUCCAAGAUUCCUAUUUUACACGAGUAUAAGCAAAAAACAUCAGGAAAAGUAGCCAUUGCGCCCGAUGCACCAGUUAAACAACAAGCCUGGGUUCACGAGGUAAGUUCCGAGUUCAUAUUUGCAACUCAAAUACAAGAUUUAAAACUGGAUGCACGGGGCAAAUCUUUCCAGACCUCUGAUAAUUACUCUGCAUCGAGUGGAGUUUCUAUGAGUAAAUCAUUAAAAUUAGAUGAGGAAAAGACGAAAUCGUUAUCCAGAACAUAUCAUACGAUCAAAGAUAUGAUAUCUAGUCGAUUCGGCCCUAAUAGAAAAGAUGUCGAUCCAGAAUCUGAGGCAAGUUUAAACAACGUAACGGAAGAUCUAAGAAAAUCUAGUAGAAGUAUCAAUGAGAGCGAAAGUAAAAAACAAGAGUCUUCGUACGUAACAUCUCGAAGUCAAGAUCUUUCGAUCAGCAUGCAACAGUAUUCGAAAAACAGCUACGGUCAAUAUGGAUCCUCGUAUAAUUAUCAAAGUGGCCAACAGAACGUACCUCUACCGGGACAACUGCAAUCAUCUAAUCAACAUCAACCGACAUUACCCAGUGGUCAAAGUGCUCAACUCCACGUAACGCAUCAUACACCGCCUGGCGGCAUACAAACAGUCCAUCAAACACAAAUCACUUCGUUUGCGCAAACCACAGCUGCCGUACAACAUUCUAAUAGAGAUUAUAUUGUACAAAGUCCCGGUGGGAUGAUAAAUCAGGUGAUACAUCAGACUCCUCAUCAAGCACCUAGUCAUAAUCAAAAUCAAGUUGCGAUGCAAAUGAAACAGUCGAUGCAGCAAUCACAACAAACAUCUGGAAUAAUGCAGAACACCGGUCCGAAUUGUCAAAGUCCGCAGCAAAUGCUUCAUCAGAACCAACAUCAUUUGAGCCCCCGUUUGACUCAACAACACGCUCAAAAUAUACAUCAACGUCAACUUAUUCAACAAAUUCAACAACAACAACAGCAACAACAGCAACAACAGCAGCAGCAGCAGCAGCAGCAGCAGCAGCAGCAGCAGCAACAAAAUUCGGUUGGCUUACCAAAUCCACAAAAUGCAUUGCGUAAUCAACAUCCACAUUUUAAUAAUGGUAAUGGAGCGGUAAUAUCAAAUUACCAGCAUUAUCAGCAAAAUAGGCAAUCGAUGUCGAGAUCACAAAUCGAUUUGCCCAGCACGUCGAGACAAUUAACGCAAGAUCUCAGAAUUCCUAGUCAAGAAGUGUAUUAUCAUUACAACCAAAAUAGAACAAACAGAUAUGGUACGCCUCAAAUAUAUUCUAGGAAUGAUAAUGCUAAUCAUCAAGACAAUGAAUUUCAAAGAAGAAACUCAGGAAAGGGUAUAGGAAAAGCCCUUUCGCAGCCACAGCUAUCGUAUGACGAUGGGAAAACUGAUAAUAAUUGCGUCGAGGGGACUAAUCCAACAUUACUAAAUCAUACAUCAGAAUCUGUAGAUGACAAGGAAAAGUAUGAAAUCUCAGUGGAUGAACCGCAAAUAGAUCACUUUAGUAGAAAUAGCUCGAGAAGAGCUACCGUAGAAGAAUACAGACCCGAAACAAGUUUUGGCAUUCGUUCAGAAGAAACUCGAUCGUCACAAAAAGAUUAUCAACGAGAUCGGGCACCGGAUGGACAAGAAUCAACGGGAACAUCGAUUCAAAAACGUAUCGAAGAGCUUCGUAAAAAGAGUGAAAUUGAAAUUUGUCAAGAUCCAAGAAUAGUGCACAAAAAUGGGGCCAAAGUAGAUGGUCAAAAGUGGGAUGAAAAAUGUCAAGCGAUAGAUAAUAUUAAAAAGCCUGUAAUGGGAAUUGAGGAAUCAAAUACGGCAAAAAGGGAGCCUCUAUUAUCGUAUAACACGAGUAAUAAAGAAGCCGGAAUUUCUCAACGGAAAGAUUGCUUGGAACACGGCAUAGGGAAAUUAAAAAUACAACAUCAAGGAUCUGGUUCGGAUUAUGAUAAAGCUGGACAAAGUUCUUCUAAUGUCGAUUCGGGCAGAGGAUCGGCUGUUUAUUCUAGUGGAAGAAGAUUACCAGCUGAAGAUUCCAAUCACGGGCAAGUACAAGAUGCUGAGUGGGUCGACAUUGUCGAGUCGGAGUUACGAAGUAUUUUAGAACCAAAAGAUACAGCACCAAUAAUGCAUUCAACCUUCUCGGAAAGCGUUUCGUCUGUGACGCCACCGCUACCACCGCUCACACCCCAAGAGAGUCCGAGGGCCUCAAGGAAUCGAUUCUCAACGAGUUUGCCUUAUGGAAUGAAACCGAAUUAUGAAGAAUAUGUUAAAGGCUCGGAAAAAAGAAAUUAUCAAAGUAGCAACAAACAUCGUAGUGUACUUACUCCAAAAAAGGAAUCUACUAAAAAAUUUAGUCAUCUUUUUGGGUUCGAAGCUGGAGAACUAACAUCAACGACAACUGCGCUCGAUUUGGAUUCAAUGUUGGAUAGAAGCGAUUCGGAUUUAAGUACAAAUGAUGCUCGAACUAUUAGAAAACAACUGGAAGGCCUUGAGAACAUGUAUAGUGAAGUUUUGAAGCUGCUCGGUGGUAAUACGAAAAAACGAAGAAAAACGCGUGGUUUAGCAAGUUACGGAUCAGUGUCGUCAUUGCCAACGUCGUCGGUAUCGUCUCGACCCAUAAUACGUCAUCAUGACAAAAGACGAUCCCAUAAUGUCGAAGAUAGAAUGAAGAAAGUUAAAGAUAUUAAGAGUAUUAAUAAGCGUUUUCAGCGAUUAGAAUCCCAUGUGGUUACACUUGCACGCUCAGUGGCUCAUUUAAGUUCCGAAAUGAGAACACAACAUUUAAUGAUACAGGUAAUUUUAGGAAAUGGAAAAUAUUAGAGGCGAAAUAGCGGCGCUUCGAACCCAAACAAAUAUGGCAAUGGUACGAUCUCAGUCUCAACCAGUAAUUAAGGAUUCUGA